GUGCCGCUGGCAAGCAUCGCAGCCUCAGCAUCGCCUUGGUCUUGGUCUACGUCUUCGGCCUCGAGCUUUGGUGUCCUUCCGUUUGCGAGGAUCCGUUCGAGACACCGGACCAGGUGCCCAUAUUCAAACAUGCCAGCAAAAAGAUCGACAGCAUGAUUGGGCAGCUCUUAAAGGCCGCGGAGUUCAGGCUGUCUUGCACAGUUGCGUACACGGGCGUGGACAAGUGGAUUAAGUCCUGGCCUUCGCAGCCAGCCAUGCUCAAGAUGAAGUCCGAGCUUCCAGAGCUGUACGAUACCUUGACGGAGCUCGACGUCGACAAACCUUGCUGGAAGCGGCGUGAGUCGGGCUACACAUCCCUUCGAGGUCUUUGGAACAACCCGUCGGCAGUGGUCAUGAAGCACGCCCAGAGCCGCUUCAACAAAAUCACCGGCCGCUUAGCUUAG